GAGUUACUUGAAUUUGAUGGUUUGUCAAGGUUACGCAGCUUUUAAAUGUUGCAUUUGCAUCUUAAUAGUCGGUAUUUGUUGCUGUAUUUCUUCUACGUUCCCAGCUAGACAUGACAACCAUCUUUCGAUUUGGAGCCACUAGCGGUCCAAACAAGACUGCUGGUGCUGAGAAAGCACAGGCUGUGGAGGAAACCUAUGAAAAAGGAAAUUGCGACCCAGACAAACUUGUGCAGUGCCCCUUUGACAAGAACCACCAGAUCCGGGCCUGCCGCUUUCCUUACCAUCUUAUAAAGUGCAGGAAGAAUCAUCCAAAACUGGCCAGAGAGCUAAAAACCUGCCCUUUUAAUGCUCGCCACCUGGUCCCCAAGCAUGAGCUGAAUCGCCACACUGAAACCUGCGAGGACAGAAAAUAUGUGAACACUGAAGACGGUGGAAGCAUGAAUGGCUUUUGUAAAUGGCAGCUCCCGGUCAGUACUUGGGCAAAUCAAAACAUGACUGAGGAUUGGGACAAAGAGGCUGAUGACAAUGCUAUUCCGUUUGUGUGGGGUCAAAGUGUAGGCGUGAAGGAAAUACCAGAAUCGAGGCCCACCAACAAUCUUGGUCCAAGUUUUAGAAUGCCUAAUACCCUCCCGUGGCCCCAGAUAUAAUGGGCGUCGUGUUCGCCUGCGUCUUGAUGAGAGGCAUCCGUAGCGGCUACGAAGUCAUGUGAUUCAGAUUCACACCUGAGAGGGAGUUGGCUGUUUGGAUCCCCACUUACCGGGACCUUCAUUUCGAAACUUUUAAUGUUCAUCUUAUACUUUGGACACAAUGCACAGAACUAUGUAUUUUCCCUUCUACUGAUUUUGGAUUUUAUUUUCAUAGGUCAACAAUGUCUCUGCUUUGAGAAUGUAUAAGCAUAGAAGUUCUAAUUCAUAGAAAAGAUUAACAUCCACUUUAAUGUUUGUUUCCUGUAAUUCGGGCCUCUUCUACUUUCGCAGUUCUGUUAAGAGAUUUGAGAUCGUAUUUGGACGCCAAUUUUUUUUAAGUUUUGCUGGUUUUUAUUGUUAUUAAACACUCUUUAAAUUAC